AUGAUGAAGGCUUGCAACUUCACGUGGCCUUCCGCACCACACAGAUUCACCACCACCCCUUAUCCUCACCCCCACUCGCGCCCCCUUCGCCGCACGUGCCCCUCACGCGCCGCCCCUUUGUUGCGAGUGAAAGCUUUCCAACGCGACGAUUUCGACCGUUUCGCUGAUAACGUCAAGUCCGGGAAGGCUUGGAGGGACGCAUGGCGGACCGCUAACGAAGGAUUCGAGCAAUUCGUCUUUGAAGCUAAGAAGACAGCCGAACGAAUCGACCGCCAGUACGCCGUAUCUCGCCGGAUUAGCUCCGCCGCAAGUUCUGCCGGUGACCGUGCUCGUGAGAUUGAUCGCGAAUUUGGAAUUAGCCCCCGCGUCAGGAGCUUAUCCGUCGAUUUCAGUAGAAAUUUCCCCAAGUACAGGAAGCAAUUCAGUGAUUUCUUGAACACACCGCUCGGUGGAAGUUUCGCUACUAUUUUCUUUAUUUGGUUUGCCCUCUCUGGAUGGCUGUUCCGAGUGAUAAUACUCGCAACAUGGGUCCUUCCAAUUGCUGGCCCUCUUCUCAUUGGUGCAGUGGCUAAUAACUUUGUCAUCAAGGGAGAAUGCCCGGCGUGUAAGAGGCAGUUCAUAGGAUACAAGAACCAAGUCAUCAGAUGCGAAGGAUGUAGAAACAUAGUGUGGCAGCCACAAGGUGACUUCUUCUCAAGAGACGGCAACAACAACAACAUCAACAACAACAACAACAAGGGAAACUCUAAAAAGCCACCUAAGUCUCAAAUCAUUGAUGUCGAGUUUGAGGAGAAAUAA